UCCCACUCCCAGUCUUCAACGCAGAGAGAGAGAGGGGGGGAAAUAGAAAUAAAAGUACAGAGUAAGGGAGAAAACGCCUUCAAAAAAGAAAGAAAAAAAACUUUAAAAAGAAGGGAAAAAAAUAGUAGGAAAUAAUUAGCUUUCGAUUUAGAAACAUUGGAUUUCAAAUCUCAGUUCUUCAAUUUCUGAAAGGAAGGGGAGGUUCUUGGCCAUGGCAAAUUCUAAGGGUUCAACAAACAUAAGGAACUUUAUGGUUUCUGGAAAGCAUGCUUUACUUCCUCCGAAAAGUCCAUUUCCCACUGUUUCCCCAGCAUAUACUGAUUAUGUCCCCAACAGUGUUAUUGGGUCAAAAGCAGUUCAAAAGCCUAGAGAAGGAAAUACACAUCACCAACGCACUUCCUCUGAAAGCCUACGAAUGGAGGAACAGCCUUCUUGGCUUGACGAUCUCCUUAAUGAACCAGAGACUCCUGUGCGCAGAGGAGGUCAUCGACGUUCUUCAAGUGAUUCUUUUGCAUAUAUUGAUGCAUCUAAUUCUCCUAACCUAGAUUAUGCAGCUCAAGAUGAGUUCAGAUAUCAAAAUAUGAUUAACACACCAUCUUGGGCAUCUCAAGAUGCUAGGCUUUCCUCUCUCUACAGUGAUGUGAACUUGGUAAAGCAAAAUAGAGCAUGGGAUUCAUCUUUGAAUGUUAUGACUCAUCCAAGCAGGCUUCCUUCUCUCAGAGAAAAUACCUUUCUUCAGAGUUUAGGAUCAUCAUGUGCACCACGAGAACUAGAGGGUGCUCUCUCAACUGCAAGUGAAAAACAAGAUUCUGCUGAAUCUCCUCCUCCUGAUGCAAAAGCUUCUUCUGAGAAAAAGGAUAAUUCUCACACUAAAUCUUCUACAUGUGAUGGCGAUAGUAAACGUGCCAAGCAGCAAUUUGCGCAACGGUCAAGGGUGCGUAAACUUCAGUACAUAGCUGAGCUAGAAAGAAAUGUACAAGCUUUGCAGGCAAAAGGAUCUGAAGUUUCAGCUGAGCUUGAAUUUCUCAACCAGCAGAAUCUUAUUCUUAGCAUGGAGAACAAAGCUCUUAAGCAACGCUUAGAGGGUUUAGCUCAGGAGAAAGCUAUCAAACAUUUUGAGCAGGAAGUAUUGGAGAGGGAGCUCAGUAGGCUACGAGCCUUGUAUCAACAGCAGCAAAAUCAACCGCAACAACAACAGCAGCUAUCAUCUACCCAUCGACGCUCUAGCAGUAGAGAUCUCGAUUCUCAAUUUGCAAACCUCUCUCUUAAUAAUAAAGAUGCCAAUUCUGGUAGUACUCCUGUAACUGGUCCACUCCGCAUUUGAGCAUUUAAAAUUAGCCGGAACUGCCAUGUUUUCCAUAGUGCUCUGAUAAAGCCAAGUUCAUCCUGUUCUUGGUAACCCCCUCCCCCUCCCUCUUGUCUUUAUUCUUCCCUUUUUCGGUUCUUUCAACCGAUGAAUAUCUUCGAUAUGCACCUGGUAAGUCCUUGCUAGAAAAACCCGAUUUCAGGGCAUAUGAUUUACCUGAGGUGGUAAAAAGCAACAACAUAAGAACAGGUUCCGUGUUUAACUCCCUCUUGUCUGUUUCAUUAGUGGUUAAAUAUGAUACAGAAAUGUGAUGUCCUCCAUUUUCGAGUUAGUCACCUUAGGUUGUUUGGAUGUGCAUUAUUUAUGAAAUGCAUAAAUGGUAGGAAAAAAAAUAUUUCUUGUACAAUGCUUUUAAUGAAAAUCCAUGUUUUUCUUCCUUCUA